AUGGACAGCUUAUUGGAAAAAAUGGGUUAUGAAAAAGUAAGAAGCGUUGGACGAGGUGCUUUCGGUGAUUGCAUUCUGUGUCGUGGAAGAAAUGAUGCAUCGAAGGUCAUUGUAAAAGUCAUUAACACUCACGGAAUGUCGGCAAAGGAGGAGAACUACAUGCAAAGUGAAGUCAAUUUAUUGAAAAAAGUACAACAUCCCCUCAUCAUCGGGUAUAUCGAUUAUUUCACAUCUGAUAAUCAGCUGGCUAUUGUGAUGCAAUAUGCUGAAGGAGGAACUCUUGAGAAGCUUAUAAACGAACGAGUCAUAAAGGAAAGUAACACGAAAGAACACUUUCCAGAGAAAACAGUUCUGGAGUAUUUCACACAGAUUCUCGUUGCUCUGGAUCACAUGCAUUCGAAGCAUAUUGUUCAUAGAGAUCUCAAGCCACAGAAUAUUUUAAUGAAUCGUAAAAGAACAAUUCUGAAACUUUCCGAUUUUGGAAUAUCAAAAGAACUCGGAACGAAAUCUGCUGCAUCUACAGUAAUCGGAACACCAAACUACUUGAGUCCUGAAGUAUGUGAGAGUCGCCCCUACAACCAGAGGAGCGACAUGUGGUCGCUUGGUUGUGUGCUCUUUGAGCUCCUUCACCUCGAACGAGCAUUCAAUGGAGAGAACCUCCCAGCGAUAGUCAUGAAAAUCACACAGGGAAAGCUGAAAAGAAUGGGAGAUCAUGUAUCAGAAGAAGUGAAGAUAAUAGUGAACAAGUUACUUCAAACAAUUCCGACAAACCGUCCGGAUAUUGCAGAAUUGCUUGUGAAUCCAACAGUUCUUCCGUAUCUAAUUUCAAUUCAUUGCGAUUUGGGGAGACUCGAACCGCCGUCUAAUGAUAAGAGAAAACCAUCAGCAUCAUUAGGCAGUCGUCUCCGAACAUAUCCAACUCAAUCAACUCUUCGAGCUUUAUCAUCUUCGUCUAUAGCACCUUCAACUCAAAACAUGACUCCAGUUCAAUCGUCUCUUGAUUCUGGUUUCUUUGCCGCUGGAAGAUCGACUGGUUUCAACUCGAGAAGUCAAUCGAGAGUUCCAGUGCAGACGAAGUAUGAACAAUAUCAUUAG